GAGCCAUCUAUUGAGAUACAUUCGUACAUUUACUUCAAUUUGAAAGACUCUGUCAGCUGUUUUGUAUCGACACAUUUUGCUCUUGUUUUCUAAUCGUGAUUUUUGUUUGGCUUUUGAUCGUAAAAAUGUCUGAAUCAAAUGAUAUGAAUAAAUUGUCUAUUCAUGAAGACAAAUCUCAGGAAACUCUUCAACAAGAGGAGCGUGAAAAAAUGCAAGUUUUGGUAUCAAAUUUUAGUGAAGAGCAACUGAAUCGAUAUGAAAUGUUCCGCAGAGCAUCUUUCCCAAAAGCAUCUGUAAAAAGAUUGAUGCAGUCCAUUACUGGAUGUUCAGUAUCCCAAAACGUUGUAAUUGCUAUUUCUGGUGUUGCUAAAGUUUUUGCGGGUGAAGUUGUUGAAGAAGCCUUGGACGUGAUGGAAAAGCUGGGAGAAAGUGGACCAGUAAAGCCCAAACAUCUUCGUGAAGCUGUUAGACGAUUGAGAAGUAAAGGGAUAGUCCAAGGUGGUCGAUUAGCUAAUAAAAGGCCUUACUUUUUCAGAUGAUCAUUUUAACAAUUGUAAACUAAAUUCCAUUUUCGUGUCAAUGCAACUUAACUGAUCGACCUGACUCUGUACUUAUAAAUUGACCAGCAUUCAUCUCAAUAUAAAUGUGAUUCUACUCUUAUA